CUUCCACCAAAUAUUUCCAUUUCUUCUCUUAUUUUCCUUCAAAUUAUACUAUAUAGUAAUUUAAUUUCCAUUUGAAGAGAAGAAAAAUGGCAAAGAGGGGUUACAAUGCUAGCUUCUUGUUGAUCCUCUCAAUGUUCUUGAUUUUGCUCACUUUCUCCAAUGUGGUUGAGGGUUACAACAAGCUUCGACCAAGAGAUUGCAAGCCAAGAUGUACUUAUAGAUGCUCAGCAACAUCACACAGGAAGCCAUGUAUGUUCUUUUGUCAAAAAUGUUGUGCAACAUGUUUAUGUGUACCUAAAGGAACCUAUGGCAACAAAGCAUCAUGCCCUUGUUACAACAAUUGGAAGACUCAAGAAGGAAAACCAAAAUGCCCUUAAAUUAAAUAUUAUAUUUAUUAUUAGGAAAAUUAAUCUUUUUUUCCAAUAAUUAAUGGAAAAAGAUUAUAUUAAGAGAGUGCUAUGGUUAAUUAUAUUGUGUUUUGUAUUGCAUUAAACUUAAUUUCUCUUUUGGAGUUUUGAUGUAUGUUUUUAAGCAUUUUGUAUUUGGAGUCUAAUAUGAUUCGUGUAUUAAGAUUCAUAUAGCCGACUUCAAUUUUUUUGAAGUUGAUAUGUUAUUGUAAUAUGUUUUUACGAUGAGAAUACAAUAAUAACAUAUUUGUUAAAUUGAGUUUA